CUUAUCACCCACAGUCAUAUGAUUAACUGUGCUUGAUUCUCUCUGAGCCCGAGCCAAUCACCAUCACGGAUAGCUCUGCCAUACAUAUCAUUUUCAGUUUUUCACCUUCCAUCGAGAAUCUACUCCCUCUGUUUAUAUCUCUAUCUCUAUCCUUCUCUGUCUUGUAGUUUCCGAAUUGAAGAGGAGCUUUUGAGAAUGCCGGGAAUUGAAGGUCCGUCAGAUUAUGCGCAGGAACCACCACGUCACCCUUCCCUCAAAAUCAAUUCCAAGCAACCUUUUAAUGCUGAGCCACCACGGUCAGCCUUGGUUAGCUCUUAUGUGACCCCGGUGGAUUUGUUCUACAAGAGAAAUCAUGGACCUAUACCAAUCGUUGAUGAUAUAGAAAGAUAUUCUGUUACCAUUAGUGGUCUAAUAGAUAGGCCCCGAGAGUUGUUUAUGAAAGAUAUCUGGAAGCUUCCAAAAUAUAAUGUCACUGCAACCUUACAGUGUGCUGGAAACAGGAGGACUGCCAUGAGCAACGUCAGAAAAGUAAGAGGAGUUGGCUGGGAUGUUUCUGCUAUAGGAAAUGCUGUCUGGGGUGGUGCCAAAUUGGCUGAUGUUCUUGAACUUGUUGGAAUAUCCAAGUUGACAAGUGCCACAAAAUCAGGUGGAAAACAUGUUGAAUUUGUGAGCAUUGAUAAAUGUAAGGAGGAGAAUGGGGGCCCUUACAAGGCAUCAAUUCCACUCAGUCAGGCCACAAACCCCGAAGCUGAUGUCUUACUUGCUUAUGAGAUGAAUGGGGAGCCUCUAAACAGGGAUCAUGGUUAUCCAUUGCGAGUGGUUGUCCCAGGUGUGAUAGGUGCGCGUUCUGUCAAGUGGUUGGAUUCCAUCAAUAUAAUUGCAAAAGAAUGUCAGGGCUUCUUUAUGCAAAAGGACUACAAAAUGUUUCCCCCAUCAGUGGAUUGGGAUAACAUCAAUUGGUCUACAAGGAGGCCACAGAUGGAUUUCCCUGUCCAGUGUGCAAUUUGUUCUUUAGAGGAUGUGACUGCAAUAAAGCCUGGAAAGGUGAAAGUUAGUGGAUAUGCAGCAUCAGGAGGUGGCCGUGGAAUUGAGAGAGUAGAUGUGUCUAUUGACGGCAGCAAAACCUGGGUGGAAGCAUCCAGACACCAGAAGACUGGUGUCUCUUAUAUUGCUGAUGAUAUGACGAGUGACAAAUGGGCAUGGGUGCUAUUUGACGUCGCGGUUGAUGUGCCACACAGCACAGAAAUUGUUGCAAAAGCUGUGGAUUCAGCAUCAAAUGUCCAACCAGAAAAUGUGCAGGAUAUUUGGAACCUGAGAGGGAUACUUAACACUUCAUGGCAUCGGGUUCAAGUCCGAGUUGGUCACUCAAAUAUGUAAAAACCAUGACUGGAUUUUGUUUUCUGUAUCCAUAGAAUAAGAUAUCAAUGCUUUGACUUGGCUGUUUGCGGAGUUGCUUAAGCUUUUCACUUUGCAUAACUAUAGCCAUAUUACCUUUUACCAUUAGUGUGAUAAACUGCCCUUCUCCUCAAGAUCUAUGUUGAUCAAAAUAAGUGGUUCUAGGGAGCAGGAGAACUAUGGAAAAAAGCCAAGUCUCCACUCAACGGUCUCGGUUGAUGGACCAGGAUUUUGAAUUUGGUAAACUAUUGCAGGAUAUGUUUAUGUUAAAUGGAUAUAGAGGAUGAGAUGAGUUUGAAUGGUAUUGUUAUAGUUUCUCUCAAGAAAGAAACCGAACCAUUUGGAAGUGUUGGAAAUGUUAUUUUAUUGUAGUUAAAGAUUUUAAAGGCGGCAUUUGCGUCA